AUGGAUAACCACGCUCUACCCUUGCUUAAAGAAACGGCAAAUAAGAUAGCAUACAAUGCUAGCAAUUUGUAUGCGGGCUACACCAAAGAUGAUGAGACCACCGAGGCCGCUAGACUGGCCAUGCUGGAUGAACUGAUGAAGCUUCAACAGCUCACAAUGCGGCCUGAGGAAGUGAUGUCUCAGAUGGCGAUGGUGCACCAACAAUUCGCCUCAAUGCAUUGGCUUUGCCAUUUCCGGGUACCGUUCCAUAUCCCAGCCCAACCAUCGGCAAUCGAAUACGAGGAAGUUGCGUCCGCUGCGAACGUGCCGGUGACAAUGCUUCAGGCUGUCGCGCGCAUGGCCAUGACGGCCGGCUUCCUGCGCGAAACCGAGCAGGGCGAGCUAGCACACACGUCGCUCAGUGUACUCUUUGCGGACGACGGGGGCGACUUCCGGAGCUGGCUCAUCUUUACGGCCCGGCGCAUGCUCCCAGCCUCGAUGAAGGCCGUCGAGGCCACUGAGCGAUGGGGCGACACGAGGAAGGUGGAUGAGACGGCUUACAAUCUCGCGGCGGGGACACAUCUGCCUUUCUAUGAGCACAUCAAUUCGUCGCCCGAGAUGGCGAAGGAAUUCGAGGGUUACAUGAAGAGUCGAUUGGUGAUCAACCCCAUCAUCACGGCUGAUGAGCUCAUUAGUAAUUUUGACUGGGCUCGGCUGGGCGACGGGUUGGUAGUUGAUGUCGGAGGUGGAAACGGAGAGACAGCUAUCAGACUGGCGAAAGCGUUACCGCAGCUAUCUUUCGUGGUUCAAGAUGUGCCCCACAUGGUCGAGGUUGGCAAGAAGGCCGCGGCGAAUCUGCCGUCUGCAGUUGCGAGUCGACUGCAGUUCCAUGUCCAUGACUUCUUCAACGAACAGCCGGUGAAAGGCGCUAGUGUCUAUCUUAUGAGAGGGAUCAUGCACAACUGGCCCGAUGAAGAUGCUGCGACUAUUCUCAGGAACAUAGUCGCUAUCAUUAGACCUGGAACAAGCAUCCUCAUGAUAGACACAGUCCUUCUUCCUCCUGGCGCCAUACCCGCCAGCAUUGAGGGCAUGCAGCGGGAAAAUGAUAUGCGCAUGGGUCAUCUGAUGAAUACACGGGAAAGAGACUUGGAGGCCUGGCAGAAGCUAUUGCACAGUGCGGGACUGAAGAUCCAGUCCCUUACAAGACCUGGGCGCAGACAACAGUCUAUUGUUGAGGCGGUCCUGGCAGGUGUUGACGGCAGUGCUUUAAGGCAUGAGGAUUAA